CCCAUCUAUAAAUUGAAAACUAUGAGAGACACUACAGAGAUUAACUUUGGACUCCAGUGAUACAGGAGCGACAUGGAAAACGGAGUACAGGAACAACCUCUGAACCAGGCAGACCUGCUUGCACAGAUGUUUCCCACAGACAGUCUGGAGUACAAACUCCUUUUGAGGUACGUACAGAAGAAAAUAGACAGUCAUCCCACCCAAAGCAACAAUGUGGGAGAGGUGAAGGCUGCUACACAUCCUCAGAACCACCAUAAAACACAGAAAAAUAAGAAGCGUAAAUUUCUGAAGAUCAUAAGCUGCAUUCGGCCAGAGAGGGAAGAUGAAGAUUGUGUGACUAGACCUCCUCACAGACAACCGGCAACUGCAGGUUCAUCUGAUUCAGACCAGGAAGAAGUUGAACAAAUCGUCAACAAGUUGACUAAACUCACAGAUAAAGUUCAUUUUAAAUCUACGGAUAUAGAAACUGAUGGUGACGAUCUUGUGGAGGAAUUAGUGGAACUGCUUCGGGAACAUGGAGAUAAACUUAACGAGAAAAUACAAAAGGACCACAUGCUUAUGAAACAGCUGCAGGACUCUCUGUCAUACGGUUUCUUUAAAAAAUUGGCCCGUAGCUUUAUACACAGACUAAGUCCGGAGGAGCUUCCUGCUACACAGAGCCGAAAGCAAGCUGAGAUCGCGAUCACCUUUGAGCUGACCAGCCGCCUAAAUGCCAUGGACUCCCAUCCUAUGAACCGAGUGCUGGGCUUUGGUGCUACAUACCUGCAGGACUACUUCACCCCCUGGGUCAACCAACAAGGCGGCUAUGAAAAAGUUUUCAGCACAGACAGUGAUGCUAAAGAGGAAGUCGAAUAAACCUAGAAGACUUUGAUCCACGCCACAUUCACCAACACCCCUCCCCCCUCGAACUUCAUUAGAUUUAAUUAUUCUCAGGAUCCAAGUCACUUGAAUAAGAAAAGUAUUUUAUUAAAAAAAGUUUAAUGUUUACAUAUCCAUGAUACCAAAGCCUCUGUGAAAUAGAAGUGUAGGUAUGUGGUUUAACAAUGUUUUUUUUUGUUAAUUUUUAUAACUAAUUAA